AUGAAGCUCGUGAUAUUUCUCGCCGGUAUCGUAUUCGUCCAAGCUGCCGGGAAGCGUUAUGUUCUCAGAAGGCUACAUGGAUCUCGUAAUGCGACGCUAGCUCGACUCCCCAUAGAUACGUUCGCGAAGAGAGCAGGCUCGAAUACUUGCGCCGUGGAAUACGUUCCGAAGCUGGGCAGAACCUACCACACAGACUCCACAACUUGGCUGCAUCGUGACGUAUGCGGAUAUCCCACCCACGUUCAGUAUGAAUGCUGCGAGGGCUACACGUCCGUCUAUGGCAGUGCGGAAUGCUCCGCGGUCUUGGCCUUGAAGGACGUGCUCAAAACAGCGAGUCGGAUGGGUGCGGGCUUAUUCGUCGAAAUUCUCAAACGAUCGACGACAGCCCUGGACGCCGUGAAUCGAGCAGCUAAGGACGGGACAGUCACGAUAUUUGCUCCAUUAGACGGAGCCAUACGGAGUUUGACUUCUCAGGAGCGCUACGCUUUUGAGAGAAAUCUCCAUCGAAAUCUGCUGUACCACGUGAUCCCAAGACGAGUUCACAUCAAGGACCUUCCCGACGGAGAUUCGGAUUUCAAAACACUCGAUGGAUAUGAGACUCUAUUGAAAAUUUCACGCUUCCGCAAUCAGGUCAACACUGUCAACUGCCGAUUGAUUACUCGGAGAGAUCACAGAGCGACCGACGGCGUUGUGCACGUCAUCGACGGUGUCCUACGACCCCCCAGAAAAAACAAUUCCUUCCAAAACGUGACUGACCGAGAUUUCCGCUCAUUCUCCUCAGAGCUGCUGCAACUGCAUAUUGUACCCCACUCUAUGUGCUCACCAGCUGUUGUGGAACGUCACAGCGUCCGUACCGUAGGAGGUGCGGAGAUUGUUAUCGGCUGUGACGGAACCGACGUGACUGUUAAUGGCCAGGAGAGUCGUUUUCUCCAGGAUUAUCGUUUUGCCAACAACGGUUUCCUUUCCGCCGUAAAUAAGGUGUUGGUACCUAACCAGGUGAAAACGGUUUGGGAUCUGAUGAAACGCAAGGAUCUCUCGCUGUUCGCCGACUUGGUCCGUCGGCACGGCUUGCAGCACUAUCUCAGAGAUUCAACCGUAACGCUGUUCGCGCCAGACAACGAGGCCAUCAGAUGGUGGGCGAGGGUCAAUCCGGAUGGUUUGGAUGACCACUUGGUGCCCGUCUCGGUGGACCGGGAUUUCAUCUCUAACCACAUUGUCUUCGGGAAGUCAAUCACGACUUCUGAGUUCGUCGAUGGUAAAGCGUUAUACUCGAUUGAAGGGCAUUCUAUCAUCAGAAUGAAAGUGGCGCGCAAGUGGUACGGCGUGGAUUUAGCGAAGAUUACCGACGCUGACAUCGAAGGAUCGAACGGUGCUUUGCACGUCAUCGAUCGCGUGCUCAGUCCUCGAAAGGUGCAUCUUUCAGAAUGGCUCGACAGGGAUGAAAACGGCGGGUAAGCACAUGGGAAGUUCGGGAGGUUGAUUCGACGAACUCGUGCCGUCAUGGAGGAACUCAGUCAUCUGUCGAAAGCGAAUGCUUCGGUGACGAUAUUCGCGCCGGAAGAUGGAGCUUUCGAAGGUUUCGACGAAGACGAGGAAUUGCCGACUCCUGAGAAGUUGGAAAACUUCGUAAGGGGUCAUAUCGUCCACAAUGACAUUCCUCUCGGCACAAUGACUCCGAACUCCACGUAUUUGCUCACGUCUGAAGCUAAGCACUCUCUUCACGUCGUAAGCAAGCCCACGGCUCUCACUGUCAACGGGGCGAAGAUCGUAAAGGCUGACGACCUGUUCGCGGACGGUCUCAUGCAUAGGGUGGACCAGAUGUUCGUGAAACCUGAUCCCAGGGCCAGCAGCCAAGUCAAGCGGCUCAAUUCGCAGAGACGUCGAGCCGCGGACGCAAGGCGGCUCUAA